CGUUUUGAAUACGUCAUUGACUGUUCAGCCAAUCCAGAGCGAAUGCGUCACUCAUAUCAUUGAACUACAAUUCCCAUGAUGCCUGAGGCAGGACUACAGAAGCAAACAUGGCGGCCAUUGGCAGGUUUUUGAAGAACGCUUGGAAUAAAGAGCCUGUGAUCACAGUUUCCUGCGGAAUCGGGCUUCUGGCUUGUGUUCUGCCGGUUUUGAGCCCUUUAACAAAGUACACAGGAAUGAUGAACCAAGCCAUGCCAUACAAUUAUCCAGUCCCAGUUCGAGAUGAUGGAAACAUGCCGGACGUUCCCGCGCAUCCCUGUGACCCGCAGGGGAAAAACCUGGAUUGGCUGAAAAACCUGUGAAAGCCCUUCAGAGUCCUGUACAGUCACUCACCUCUACUUCUGUCUCAAUAAAACAUCUUUAUUUAAC